AUGCCAAGCCUUUUGGACUCCUCGGCUGAUGGCGACUUCGGAAAGAAGUCCGUGACUGCGCUGCAGAAGUUUCUCAACCAGGAGGGCUUCUACUGUGGAACGGAGGAUGGGGACUGGGGUGGCACGACAGAGAAGGCGCUGCAGCUCUUUUUGAAGGAUGCGGGAUAUGAUGUGGACUUCAAGAAGGGGGUGAGAGAUGGUGGGAAAAACACGGAGCUCUUCCAGGAGUUUCUUCAAGAUGAGGAUCAAGAUUGUAAGCCCGAUGGUUCCUGGGGCAAGAAGUCUGCCAUGGCCCUUCAGAACUUCCUCAAGAAUGAGGAGGAGAAAGGCUUUGAGCCCCUCUACAAAGGCAAGGAAGAUGGUGAGAUGGGCGGAAUGACGAUCUUGGCUCUGCAGAAAUUCCUCACCCAGCGCGGGUGCAAUCCUGGACCCUUGGACAGCGGCCUGGGCAAGCAGACCGUGGUCGCCCUGCAGAAGUUCUUGUCGCUGCAGCCGGAUGUCUUGGAGUUGAAGGCCGUGCGCCGGAAGAAGAGACUUGGACUGAAGGGCAAAGCCAAGACCGGCGACAGCAGCGCAGCCAGUGCGCCCAAGGCCAAGCCCAAAGCCAAAUCGGCGCACAGCAAGGAUAUCAUUGGCGCGGAGAUGCGCAGGUUGGCCGAGGAGGCAUCGAUGAUGGAUGGAUUCUGA